UUGACGUGUUUGUUAUGGCGUCGUCGGACCGAAAGCUAAUUGUGGUCUCCGGAUUCGGGCCAUUUCUCGGCCAUGAAGCCGUGAAUGCCAGUUGGGAAGCUGUUAAACUCCUUCCGGAAGUCCUCACCCACAAUGACAUAGAAUAUGAUCUUGAAAAGCGUUUGGUUGCGGUGGAAUAUGGCGCUGUGGAUGAGGCCGUGACGGAGAUAUGGAAGCGCCAGCCAGAUCUGGUCAUUCAUGUUGGCGUUUCGGGGGUCGCAAAAUGUGUCUACAUUGAGAAGCUGGCAUAUAACCACAAGUUCCGAAGAGCUGAUAAUUGUGAUAAAAGAUUACCCAACGGCAGCUGCGAACUCCCGAACAAUGGACAUGCAAAUGUUUUGAAGACCGAGCUCGAUGUAGAUAAGAUUGUGGAGAUCGUAAAUGAAAAAUGCGCCGAUUGUGUGGCACCCACAGAGCCCCCUCAUAAUGAUAAUAUCAGGCAUCUAAGCGCUACGAAGGUCUCCAAAAAUGUGGGCGACUUUCUAUGCGGCUAUAUCUACCUUAAGUCCCUGGAUAUGGACAAAAAACGGAGUCUGUUCGUUCAUGUACCGCCCAUAGAUAAACCAUUUAGCAGUGAGAAAACAGCCGAUAUUGUUUUCCGAAUAGUCGAACAAUGUAUUCAACAGGUGGCCGCAUGUGACUCCUGAAUUCCGUGUUUACAAUGUGCAUUUAAUUGUAUUCCAAUGUCUGUCUGUUUAAGUUGUUUAAUAAAUGAUUUUUAUUUAUAUCUUACAAAUGACCAUAAA